AAUGCUUUUAUGUUGGUUAUUUUAUCGAGUAAACAACAACACACUGAUAUAGUAGUGGAUAUAUAACACUGAACACACUCACACACUAACCUGCUCCUCUAAAACCUCAGUGGACACUCUGCUAGUGGAGUCUCUAAUCUUCUUCCGGACUACAAAUUCAACCAUGAGCCUACUCGAAAGGGAUUCGUGUUGGAGCUCCCGGUGCUGUUGUCUGUCGCGUCUGUUCAGUCCUUAAACACAUGAGUGCUUCAGAGGUUAGUGAAAGUGGAUGUGACGUUUGGCUCUUAUAAACAUUAUGAUCAGGCAGUGUGGCACACAUCUGGACGGACCAUGCGCAACCGGGCUCGCUAUCUCAUCUUUUUCCAGUACAUUGGGACAAAAUACAGCGGUGUAAUGAAGGGGCCUCCACAUCAGCUGCAUAGGAGAGGGGUUCAGGACCACCUGGAGGAUGCAAUAAGGAGGCUCAUGCCGCUCAACCCGGUCUCUCUGUCAGUCUCAAGCAGGACAGACACAGGUGUCCACGCCCUCUCUAACUCUGCCCACUUCGACCUCCAACGCAGGAACAAUAUGCCGCCGUUUACUGAGGGCAUUCUUAUUGAGGCCCUUAAUUUCCACUUGAAGACAGAGCAGAUCAGGAUUACCAAAGCCCACCGCGUGCCUGAUGAUUUCCAUGCCCGUUAUCAAGCCCAGUCUCGGACCUACGUCUACCGGAUAGCCUUGGGAAUCCCCAACCACUUACUGCUUCCCCUCACAGACCUCGAGUUCUGCUGGAGCCUCCGCGAGACUGAGCUGGAUGUGGGAUCCAUGCGCAAGGCAGCGGCCCUGCUGGUGGGGAAUCACGACUUCAGCAGCUUCAGGGCGGUCAGCACCGAGAUGACUUUUAAAAACCCUGUGAAGACGCUGGAUGUGGCCAGCAUACAGCCAGGAUGCUCCUUCGUACAGUCACACUUCCACAGAGAGGUACCAUUCUGGGAGCUGACUUUUAAGUCCAGAUCUUUUCUCUAUAAGCAGGUACGGAGGAUGACAGGAGCACUGAUAGCAGUAGGAAAGGGGCGGCUCUCAGUGACCCAGCUGAAGGAGAUACUGGAGGCUCGGGACACUAUGGCCUACCCAAAUAACCUGGUUGCUCCGGCCCACGGCCUCUUCCUCACCAGGGUGGACUACAGUGAGACAGACCUGCGGCCCUCGCCACGAACAUCAGAGGAGCAAUUUACCUCCAGUGGAAACUCAGAGGAUUUAAUUUAACUCUUUUGGUCAUAUUGAUAAAACUGUAUUUCCAUACUACUGUAUGCAAAGAUUGUAAUAAAGUUUUGUAUUUACAUA